AUGCACAACCUGCAAGCUCGCUCCGCAACACCUUUAUUUUCAGGCACGUCGAGCAACUUUACAGUAAUCAAUUCUCCCAAUGAAAACGUCUGGGGAGGCCUGACAGAUGUUGAGACAGCAUCUGUUGUGCACUGGCUGCUCCAACAACCCGAGCUUAACCUAACCGCUGCCGAUGACGCCGGAGAGUGGGAUAAUACAAUUUCCCUUGUCGAACUGAUGCGUCCGAACAAGUCCGAUGUGCUGCUGUAUCUGGACCACGAUCACCCCCCUCCCACGCGUUAUGCACAUGUUGUGCUUGAUGUACGUGCUACUCUUGACCCAUGCUACGCCGAAAUACUGGUAGGACCUCUACCGAUUACGGACAAAUCUACCACCACGUGGGUGCCACUGGAAUAUCCUUAUACGCGCAAGACACAAGGCCGCAUACGUAAUCUUGACGCUGACCACGACACUAUUUACUCUGAAUGGCUAUACAAGAUCAGCGCUUCGAUAGUCGACAUCACUCUGGACCUCUUCAACGGCACAGCCUUAGGCCUAGACAAUGAUACCAUAAGAAUCUCAGGGAUUAACCCCCUCAUUCUGCCCCUGGGAUUAUUCUUCAAGUCCGACGUCACAGGCCGUGAUCCAUCCAAGUGGAAGCUGGAGGGCUGGCUCUACAAUAACAUAUUCUACGAAACCACCAACGCUUUUCGCAAGGCAUACUACUCCCCAGGCUUCGUCAAACUCCUCUCCAACGUCGAAGGCGACUGGGCACGAACAGACCAACAGGGACCAAUCCUCCCAGACGAUCUAAAGCAGCCUCCAGUCAUGGUUGCCCCAUCAGGAGCACGGUACGCUCUCGACACAGACCAGAAAUACGUAACCUGGAUGGGCUUUUCCUUCUAUAUCGGCUUCUCCCGCGACACCGGUGUUUCCAUCUUCGACGUUCGCUACAGAGACCAGCGCAUCCUAUACGAGCUAGGUCUACAAGAAGCUCUGUCACACUAUGCAGGAAACGACCCCGUUCAAUCCAGUACCGCAUACUUAGACUCGUACUACGGAUUCGGUCCAUACACGUUCGAGCUCGUCAAAGGCUACGACUGUCCAAGUUAUGCCACAUAUCUCAACACCUCCCUCUAUGAGUCCGAAUCAACACACACCCACGUCGACAGUCUCUGUCUUUUCGAAUACGACGUCGACUACCCCAUCCAGCGCCACACCACCCCAAGCUACGUCUCCAGCACCAAGAAAUCUACCUCACUCUCCGAUCCCUACACAUUCCACCUCGACGGCACCAUCGGCAUCGAAGUCCGCGCCUCUGGCUACAUCCAAGCCGCCCACUCAGCCCACAACACCAACUACGGGUACCAAAUCCACUCGGCCCUCUCCGGCUCCAUGCACGACCACAUCCUCAACUUCAAAGCCGACUUUGACAUCCUCGGCACCGCUAACUCCAUCGAACUCACCUCCCUCGUCCCAAUCACUACCUCCUACUCAUGGUCCAAUCCCAACCAACCCCGAAACACAAUGUACCUCUCCCGCCGCAUCCUCUCCUCCGAAACAGAAAGCCGUCUCAACUUUCCCCAAUCAGCAACAACCACAACAAGAAUGCUCAGUAUCAUAAACCAAGACACCCGUAACGCUUACAACGAAUACCGCGGCUACCGUAUCCUCCCUUCCUCUUCCUCCUCCGCCGGAGGGGGAGGUACAAACCACCUAACAAUCAUCAACUCAAGCACCCUAAUCCACGCAGCCCACUGGUCCGAACACGACAUCCAAAUCACCCAACACCACGAUCACGAACCGCGGUCCGCGCACCCAUACAAUAACCAAGACGUAUAUAACCCCAUGAUUAACUUCAACGAGUUCUUCGACGGUGAGGAUCUCAAUCAGACGGAUCUGGUGGUGUGGGUUAAUCUGGCGAUGCAUCAUGUUCCCACUACCGGGGACUUACCGAAUACAGUUAUGACCACCGCGGUGGCGGGCGUGAGGUUUGUGCCGGUUAAUUAUUUUAUGGGGGAUCAGAGUCGCGGGACGGUGAAUAUGGUUAGGGUUGGGUUUGGAGAUGAUGAGGAUGGGGGUGGGGUGGAGGUGGAGGAGGUGGAGACGUUUGGGCAGGCCGGGGAGAGGGUGGAGGUUGUGGUGAGGCCGGUGGAGGAGGUGCUUUGGGGAUGA